CUGCGAUGGACUCGAAAUACUUGGCCACCAGCAAGGGCGAUGCAGGCGGUCCAUCGCCCGUUAAGUUCUCCAUCAAAAGGAAGCACGAUUCUAUGGGAAGCAGUCCCAUUUUGGAGAAGAAAACGCAUGUCCCGCAGAUAAGGCAAACGAUAGCACCAAUUCUGCUGACCAGCAAGAGAACCUCAAUCGAACAGCACCAGCGAUCGUUGCCCGUCUUCAACUGCCGCCAGAGAAUCCUGAAGGAACUGGAACAGAAUGACACGGUGCUGAUCAUGAGCGAGACGGGAUCGGGAAAGACCACCCAAAUACCGCAGUUCCUGCUGCAGGCCGGUUAUGCCAAGAACGGAAUGAUCGGGAUCACGCAGCCACGCAGAGUGGCGGCCAUAACAGUCGCACGUCGAGUGGCCCAGGAAUUAUCCGGAAAUAUCGGCGACACGGUGGGCUAUACGGUUCGAUUCGAGGAUGCCACCUCCAAAAACACCAAGAUCCGAUUUCUCACCGAUGGCGUUUUGCUGCGAGAGUCCAUCAGGGAUCGGCUGUUGCUCAAAUAUUCAGUGAUCAUUCUGGACGAGGCUCACGAACGAACCGUAAAUGCGGAUCUGUUAUUCGGGAUAGUGAAAGAUGCCCAGAAAGAGAGGCGGAAGCAGAAGCUGGGCAGCCUAAAGGUAGUGGUUACCUCGGCCACAAUGGAUAUCGAUCACUUUGGCAAGUACUUCAACUGCAAGGGCAUGUAUCUGGAGGGCAGGACCUAUCCCGUUCGUGUGAUGCACACCAAGGAGGAGCACGAGGACUAUGUCCACACCGUGCUGGUUACGCUCUUUCACAUCCAUCGCACCACUCCGAGAAACCAUGACGUUUUGAUAUUUCUAACAGGGCAGGAAGAAAUUGAAUCAUUGGCCCAACAAAUUCGCCAGCUUGCUAAGAUCGACAUGAGUGGAACUACGGAUCUCCGCGUAUUUACGUUAUACGCUCAACUAUCGCAGGGCAAACAAUUGGAGUGUUUUGUACCGACACCGGCCAACGUUCGAAAAGUAAUACUGGCCACAAACAUUGCGGAAACAUCGAUUACCAUACCCGGAAUCCGCUGUGUGAUUGAUUGUGGAUUUGUGAAGGAGAAAUCCUUUAACUCAGCCGACGGACUGGACGUCUUGAAGUCGGUUCGAAUAUCUCGGGCGCAGGCGUGGCAGAGAUCAGGACGAGCAGGUCGCGAUGCGGAUGGAACGUGCUAUAGAGCGUACACAAAAAGAGAAAUGGAAUCGUUUGCGGAUGCCAAUCAGCCAGAAAUCCUGAGAACGAACCCCACGUCAAUGGUGCUGCAGCUACUCGCCUUAGACAUCGAUUGCAAUAAUUUCGACUUCUUAGACGCUCCGCUCGAAGAAGGACUGAGGAGUGCAUACAAAAGUCUAGAGGCUCUGGGAGCUAUUAAAGUUGGAGCAGUGUCAACCAUUACACCUUUGGGUCGUCAAAUGGUGCAGUAUCCUUUGGAUCCGAAGUAUUCAAAGCUACUGCUAACCGCUUCCUCGUUCGGCUGCAUGGAGGAGAUUCUUAGCCUCGUCUCUGUCCUCUCAAGUGAUCAUGUCUUCGUCUCGAAUAGCGACAAAAAUGAAAUGGCUGCCCUAGCUCAUGCUAAAUUUCAGUCUAAGCAUGGAGAUCAUUUAACACUACUGAAUGUGUUUAAUGCAUUCUCUAAAACAGAAAAGCCAAAGAUGUGGUGUCACGACAACUACUUAAAUUUGCGAAGCCUAACCUACGCCCGAAAUGUUCGUCGACAAUUGACUGAAAUAAGCGAGCGACUUAAUUUGGCCCUAAACAGUUCUGAUGACAUCGAAAUGCUAAAGAAAUGCAUUCUAAAUGGGUUCUUUGAAAAUAUUGCCGUGUUGCAACGAGAUGGUUUCUACAUAACCGUUUCCGGCAACAUUAGGGCCAAAAUUCAUCCGUCAAGUGUUCUGCAUGGAAAGUACAAGCCGAGCUACAUACUCUUCACCGAAAUAGUUCAGACGGAACAAACAUUUCUCCGCCAAGUCACUGAAAUAUCCAUCGAAUGGAUCACGGAGAUUGUGCCGUUUGUUAAAAAUCUGCCAUCAAGAUGAAAUAAAGUACAAAAGUUUUUAAAAUACUCUAUUUUGU